AUGGCCAGAUCGAAAGACUCCCUGCGCUGGAGGGGGGAGCUUGUGCGCAUGCGCACAAGUUCUCUCAAGUUUGACGUGGAACAGCAAGCGGCGCCCAGGCUCCGUGCCCACGACAUGACAGCGCCAUGCGCUCAUGAAGGCUGGACGGUACUACUAAGCUCCUCCUCAGUAGCCCUGGUGAAGAUGAGCCCACCGAUCUGCCUGCUGAACAGCCCCAGGUCCUGCAACCCUGCCCAGCUCCUGCAAAGGAGCUCCGGCUCCGACACGUCAGAGGCACGACGGACAGCAAGCCAUAAGCCACUGCAACGCCGGCAUUCUGGAAGGACAUGGAGCGUCAAACUUCGAUUACCUGCUUUACGUGGACUUGACGACGACGAUGACAACUGGGAUGAGGCUGAGGCAUCGACGGUCUUGCAGGCUGGAGAGGGACGAAAUGAGGAAGCCAGUGGACCGGGCCAGGCUGGGCGCGGAGCCGCAGCCGCUGCAGCCAUAGCCGCAGAAGCAGCCGGAGCAGAAGCAGGAGAAGGCCCCUCAGCUGCUGGCGCAGCAGGCCCCGUGGAUGAUGGGAACCAAGAGGGCGCUGUUGGUGGCCAUGGCCAGGAGAAUGAGCCACAGCCUCAGGAGCCAGAUCGUGGGGCCAUGGGAGACAACCAGGCUGUGCUGUCCUUGGCCGAGCGGUGGUCCUGUGUUCAACCCGUGAGGGUGCUGGUGCCUGAAUUCCGAGUCCAUUACCAGCACAGGUUCACCUUGGCUCAGCUCCAAGAGCUGGAGAGCGCCUUUCAGCGCAGUCAGUACCUCACCACUGAGGAGGCGAAACGAUUGGCAUCUUGCUUGGGUGUAACUGAAGCCAGAGUGCAG